GGGGCAGAGUAGGCCGGGUACGGCGCUUGGUCUUAGCGCAUCAGCGCUCCCGGCAGCGACGCGACCUGUGACCAUGGUGGCUGUGCUGGGCGACCGGGGCGUGUUGCGCCUGCGGCUGCUGCUCUCAGCGCUGAAGCCCGGGAUCCACGUCCCACGGGCCGGACCCGCGGCCGCGUUCGGGUAAUGGCGGCCACCUCGCCCCGGGGAUCCCCAGCGUCGGCGCGCUCGAGGGGAGGCGGGAGGGGCGCGUGCCGACAGCAGGAGUUCCCGGCGCUGCGUGGGCGCGGCCUGGCCGCCCUGUUGCCCUUUGUGCCGCGAGACCCCGAUCCUGGGGGCCAGCCGCACUUGGUGCUCGAGCCUCUCGAUCGUGCAUGCGCCUCGGUCAGCCGCAGUUCAAGGAGUCUGGAGCCGUGGAGGCUUGGGCUAUGGAGUGCAGCCCCUUCAGUGUGCAGACCAGAAAGACCCAGGGAGAUACAUUUGCCUGUAGUGUAGACUCACCCGUGACGGAGCACGGAUUAGAAUCCCAACGCCCUUAUUAGUCCAUUGCUCUGUCCAGAGUCCACACUGAGGGCAUAAGGACAAUAAUCUCUUCUUCCUGUUAUGUCAGAAGUCAGCCUGAGCCUGAGUACCGCUAAGGCUUUAAUCACGGGUCCUGAGAACCCUAAAUCUUCUCUUUGCUUGCUGAUCUCGUACCUUAAUAUGCAAAAGAAUCACGUUGGGAACUGAAAAUUCGGAAUCCUGGGCCUCACUCCCAGAGGAUCUGAUCUACAUGUGUGGAGAUGCCCAGGAAUCUGCUUUAUUAUCCUUUGUUCUCCCACAUGUCCCCCCAUUUCAGCACCUCGGUAACCUCUGCCAAAGUGGCUGUGAAUGGCGUUCAGCUGCAUUACCAGCAGACUGGAGAGGGAGAUCACGCAGUCCUGCUACUUCCUGGGAUGUUGGGAAGUGGAGAGACUGAUUUCGGACCUCAGCUCAAGAACCUCAAUAAGAAGCUCUUCACGGUGGUCGCCUGGGAUCCUCGAGGCUACGGACAUUCCAGGCCCCCAGAUCGUGAUUUCCCAGCAGACUUUUUUGAAAGGGAUGCGAAAGAUGCUGUUGACUUGAUGAAGGCGCUGAAGUUUAAGAAGGUUUCUCUGCUGGGGUGGAGUGAUGGGGCCAUAACCGCACUCAUUGCUGCUGCAAAAUAUCCGUCUUACAUCCACAAGAUGGUGAUCUGGGGCGCCAACGCCUACGUCACUGACGAAGACAGCAUGAUAUACGAGGGCAUCCGAGAUGUUUCUAAAUGGAGUGAGCGAACAAGAAAGCCUCUAGAAGCCCUCUAUGGGUAUGACUACUUUGCCAGAACCUGUGAAAAGUGGGUGGAUGGCAUAAGACAGUUUAAACAUCUCCCAGAUGGUAACAUCUGCCGGCACCUGCUGCCCCAGGUCCAGUGCCCCACCUUGAUUGUGCACGGUGAGAAGGAUCCUCUGGUCCCACGGUUUCAUGCCGACUUCAUUCAUGAGCACGUGAAAGGCUCACGGCUGCAUUUGAUGCCAGAAGGCAAACACAACCUGCAUUUGCGUUUUGCAGAUGAAUUCAACAAGUUAGCAGAAGACUUCCUACAAUGAGAAUGCACACUGGAGUCGGUGGUUCCUUCGUGUGGGGUUUGAUCAUGUUGCUGCCUGUUACCAUGAUACCUUUGAAACUCUCCGCCUUUGAAACUUUCUACCCCUCCCUUCAAUCUUAUCCUAACCAAAUGAGAAUAAUGACAUAUUGAAAACAGCCUCUAGCUUCAGGCUGGGCACCUUGGCUCACAGCUAUAAUCUCAGCACUUUAGGAGGCUGAGGUAGAAGAAUUGCCUGAGCCCAGGAGUUCAAGACCAGCUUGUGCAAUAUAGGGAGACUCCGGCUCUACAAAAAAAAGUUUUUCAAAAUUAGCCAGGUGAAGUGGCACACAUCUGUGGUCCCAGCUGCUCAGGAAGCUGAGGUGGGAGGAUCACUUGAGCCCAAUUCAAAGCUGCAGUGAGCUGUAAUUGCAUCACUGCACUCCAACCUGGGCAACAGAGUAAGACCUUGUCUUUAAAAAAUAAAAAAGGAAUAAAGCCUCUAACUUCAAUAGCUAUGAAAAUUAAAUCCGAUUUUCUUUUUUUUUUUUUUUUGAGACGGAGUCUCGCUCUGUCACCCAGGCUGGAGUGCAGUGGCGCAAUCUCGGCUCACUGCAAGUUCCACCUCCCGGGUUCAUGCCAUUCUCCUGCCUCAGCCUCUCCGAGUAGCUGGGACUACAGGCGCCCACCACCACGCCCGGCUAAUUUUUUUGUAUUUUUAGUAGAGACGGGGUUUCACCGUGGUCUUGAUCUCCUGACCUCGUGAUCCGCCCGCCUCGGCCUCCCAAAGUGCUGGGAUUACAAGCGUGAGCCACUGCGCCCGGCAAAUCCGAUUUUCUAACAUGAAGUUGUGACAAGUUAUACCAUUGUCUUAACAGGUGAAUUCCUGCCAUAAUUUAUUUUCAAAUAAAUUUUAGGUGGAGAA